AUGAGCUCCAGGACACUGACUAAUGUUGUCAACGACCAAACGGUUGCUCUCAAUGCCCUCAUCUAUGGAUACGCCGGCCACAGCUUGGUCACCCCUCAGCACGCCCUCCAACAAAUAUGGUGGACCGAGGAGAGGAUCAACGAGCGAGUCACCAAUGACUUUGUCACUUCUCGGCUACAGCCUCAAGAGAGGGAACGUCUCACCCAACCUGUAGGCUUUGGCGAUCUGAGCGACGAUACCUAUAUCGAAUGGAUCAUGGAGAAGGCACGGCGGCUAUUUCUGACACUUGUCGAGAUCGGCGAGGCGGACCGCAUAUUUGCCGUUGUCGACAAAUCUUGGGACGAUGAUGACCUCCCUCUUGGGAUGGAAGACAUUGAGCAGCUAUCGCUAUCGAAUCGACGCGACAACCACGCCAAUGCUCGCUUUUACCAUACCCAAUUUACUUUCCUGCUACGAGAGUUACGACAAGGCGUACACAUCGACUAUGCCGAAAACGAAGAGGUACCGAUCGAGAGUGUCAUGACCUUGCCAGUCGCGGUCAGUCUGCAAGCCUGGUCUCGAAUACACUUACCAAAGAAGCCGAAGGAAAUCUACAUGCGACGGAAAUUCCCACUUGGAAAUGCAGAUGAUCCAGAGGCUUUUCAUCAAGAUUUUAUCCUAGACGUGGAGAGUGCAAGAAUGGUUGAACACGAGCAUCUCGCUCCUGUCUGGGCGUCGUACACGGCAAAGGGCUCUGGCUACAUUGUCAGUAACUUUGUCGGCCACCACACCUUGCGCACCUUCAUCGACCAUCGCAAUCCUGCGCAAUACCAGAAACUGCCAAAGCCCGAGAGACGGUGGCUGGUGCUUAACUGGCUACACUGUUUGGCCGAUACCAUCACAACACUGCAUCAAAAUGGGUUUUGCCAUUCCGCGAUCCGACCGUCCAGGAUACUCGUCGACGAGCAGAAUGCGAUUGCAUUCAGUGACAUUGGCAGCUUGGAAACGUUUCAGAAAGACAAGAAGCCUGAUGCUAUGGAUGCCUACAUAUACGAUGCCCCAGAAGCACAUGCAAGUUCAGAACCAUUGGACUUGCCUCCCUCCGUCGCAUCACCCACCCUAUCCAAAGACCGACACGUGUCUAUCGCAAGUAAAAGCUCAUCGAGAUCCUCGAAUAGCAGCAAUUCGUAUCAGCCUAAACCUCAGCACCAAUCACAAGGACAAGAAACUGAGAAAGCAGAUGUCUUCUCUUUGGGUUGCGUCUUCUUGGAAAUUUUGACUUUCUUGCUCAAGAAGAAAUCCCAUGAUUUCAUCAAACACCGUACAUCGAAACAAAAAAUCAACACGGGCGGCAAGAACUCGCGUACCGAUUCGUCGUACCAUAACAAUCUUGACAAGGUCGAAACCUGGAUGGCCGUACUGGAGAAAGCAUCUGGGGAAAGCGAUGACGAGGCAUUUGGCAUAGUCCCUGACAUCUUGGCGCUUAUCCGAACCAUGCUCAGCAAAAACCCCAUGCAUCGUCCAACGGCUCGCGACGUGCGCGAUGAAUUGUUUGACAUUUUCAGC